CUAGCAAUAUAAGAAAUUCCCUGCAGCAAUCAUGCGGAGAAUCUUAAUAUCCGAUCGACUCAGGCUACAUUGCAUUGUCCACGAAUUCAGAAAUGCUUUAGUAGCAGGUGCAGAGAAGAUUGAAAAUAGAAAUACAACUGAGAAGGGAUCUACAAAAUCUGGUGUUGUGGGAGAGACUUCGAUUGAUUUUGCUGAAUAUGUUGAUGCAAUUAAAACUUGCAAUGUUUCUCUUCCUCUCCAGAAUUCAAAUUCAAAUGCAAUGUUGCACGUAUCAAUACAAAGGCAGCUAGAAAAUGCGGAUCCGCAAAGAGUGGUGAAAGAAAACGAUAGCUUGGUGAAAAGGUCAUGGGGUCAAGAUUUGAAAUCCCAUUUAAGUAUUGAAGCAGAUGAAAGUCAUAAAAGUGAUUCACAAGAGGAAGGUCCAUUUGGUAAAGCUUCCCGGAUUGCUGAAUUGAGGCGUCGAGCAUCGAUUGAAUCUGAUAAGCCUCAUAUAUCGGAAUCCGAGUGGUCAGGAAGUUCUGACCAGGGAAUCAGUACUGAUGACUCCAUGAAUAGUUCAAACGAUGCCAGCCUGAGAGACACAACGAAAAGUUCUUCGGAUGACGAGGUAGACAAGCUCAAAGCCGAGCUCGUAGCUUUGGCAAGGCGAGCAGAUCUUUCAGAACUAGAGCUACAGAGCCUGCGGAAACAAAUUGUUAAAGAGACCAAAAGAAGUCAGGAUCUCCUGAGAGAGGUCACUAGCCUGAAACAGGAGAGGGAUUCGCUGAAGGUAGAUUAUGAGAGUAUUAAAGCAUCUGACAAGCGAAAGGAAGAGGCAAAAAUUAGGAACAAGUUGCAGCUUGAAGGAAGGGAUCCACACGUUCUUUUAGAAGAAACCCGAGAAGAACUGGAUUAUGAGAAGGAUCUGAAUUCUAAUCUACGAUUACAGCUUCAAAAGACACAAGAGUCAAACACCGAGUUGAUCCUUGCUGUGCAAGAUCUAGAAGCUAUGGUGGGGCAAAGAAGUAAGAAAACAGUUGGUCUUCCCAGACCAAGAACCUGCGAGAGGAACACCGAAGAAUCAAGGAGAAGGCCCUGCACAAGUGAGACAGAUGACGAUGAGGAUCAAAAGGCACUGGAUGAGCUUGUGAAGGGACACAUGGAUGCAAAAGAAGCACACGUACUGGAGCGAAGGAUCACUGACCUCUACAAUGAGAUUGAGAUUUAUAAACGAGACAAAGAUGAUCUUGAGAUACAGGUAGAGCAGCUUUCUCUGGAUUAUGAGAUACUUAAGCAGGAAAAUCACGAUAUCUCAUAUAAGCUAGAGCAAAGCCAAAUUCAAGAACAGUUGAAGAUGCAAUAUGACUGUUCAUCUUCUCUUGUAAACGUGAACGAGCUUGAAAAUCAUGUCGAGAGCCUAGAAGCUAAGCUCAAGAAGCAGUCCGAGGAUUUCUCUGAGUCCUUAUGCCGCAUUAAAGAACUUGAAACGCAGAUCGAGGGCAUGGAAGAAGAAUUAGAGAAACAGGCUCAGAUAUUUGAUGCAGAUCUUGAAGCUGUCACACGUGCUAAAGUGGAGCAAGAGCACAGAGCUAUCGAAGCCGAAGAAGCCCUGAGGAAGACGAGGUGGAAAAAUGCUAGUGUAGCAGGCAAAAUACAGGACGAGUUCAAGAGAAUCUCUGAGCAGAUGUCUUCUACGUUAGCAGCAAAUGAGAAGGUGACUAUGAAAGCAAUGACCGAAACCCGCGAACUGCGCAUGCAGAAGCGUCAGCUAGAAGAACUUCUCAUAAGCGCUAACGAUGAACUCGGAGCAAAUAGGGUAGAGUAUGAAGCAAAGCUCAACGAGCUCUCGGGAAAGACGGAUCUUAAGACGAAAGAGAUGGAGAGAAAGUUAGUGGAUCUUGUGGAAAAAUCCAAGGAUCUAGAGAAUCAAAAGAAGCAAGAAGAAGAUAUUAAUGCAGAUCUAACACAGCAGAUCAAAAGGCUGAAGGAUGAGAUUGAAAUCUUGAGACUUGAGUUGGAAGAGAUGAGCAAAUCAAGUAUGGAGACUAAGGCAUCUUUGGCGAAAGAGUUACACCGAAUCAAAGAUGAUAAAGAAGCAGUCAUUACUGGUUUAAAAUCAGAACUAGAAACCGCAAUAGUGCAAUGUGAUAAUCUAAAGCAUUCUUUAUCCGACAAUGAAUCAGAGAUCGAGAAGCACAGAAAGCAAGUUGUACAAGUGACAAGCGAGCUAAAGAAAAAAGAAGAAGAAAUGGCAAAUCUAGUGAACAGAGAAGCAGCAGCUAACAACAUGACAAAAACCGAGCAAGGAAUGAACGCAGAAAGAAUAAAAAUGCUCGAGGAACAAAUCAAACUAAAGGAAAAUGCUUUGGAAGCCUCUUCGAAGAUGUUCAUCGAAAAGGAAAAGGAAUUGAAGGACAGAAUCGAAGAAUUGCAGAUUAAACUCUACGAGCGAAGUCAAAAUAGCCAAGAGGCUGGUGAAGGUCCAGAAGCAAUUGCUUUGCAAAACAGAGAAGCCUUGCCAUUGAAUAAGAGAUUUGGUAAAAGAAGUAGCGUCACUAAGAGAGCAAAAUGGAUUGAUGGAGAUGGAAUUGAAGGAGAUGCAAGAGAGAUAUUCAGAGAUAAGUCUAAGAUUUGCAGAAGUUGAAGGUGAGAGACAACAACUUGUUAUGACUGUACGUUAUCUUAAAAAUGCCAAGAAGCGAUAAAACCGAUCAUCUUCU